GAGAUCCAACAAUACUGGCUCCCCGGAUACGGCCUCUCCCGAUACAUCGUCCUCAGCCACAUCCAGUACUUCCUCGGUCCAUCGGCCGUAGCGCGUCCUUAUUCCUUCCAGGGACGAGAAGGCUAUCUCAUCACCGGCGUACCACUCACAAGGGACCAAAUCGAUGACCUAGCUACCAUGUCCCGCGAGUACGAACGGCAGGAGUCCCUUCGUAUGGCUGGUGGGGUUAUUACCAGUAGC